AGCGUAUAAAUUUAAGUGAAAGACAUUUGUCGUCUUUAAUUUAUUUUCACAGUAAAUCAGUUGACUAAUUAGAACAAUCGUGAAUAUUAUAUAUUUAUAAUUUAUAUCGCUAAUAAUUUAUAGUGAGAGCGGCCCUCUGCCUGCAAAGUUCAUUGUCAAUGGAGGUUAAUAAUGCAGCGAAAAGCAAAAUCAAUGUGGAUACAAAUGGAGCAAGAACAGGCUUUGAUCGAUUUCAUAAUACAGGACCAGACUCCUUCUUUUCCACAAACAAGCCUCAGAAUAGCUUCAGAGACGGCGGAUUGAUGUCAUACAACCCAUUCUUGGACUGCCCGGUGCAAGACUCUGCACCACUCCCUUACACAGUUUGGCCAACUCAGGAAGAAGACUGUAAAUCAGUGUACUGGCCUCAAGUCAUACCUAAUAACAGAAAUCUGGUAGAUGCCAAUAAUUGUGGGAGUGAGGCUGAUCUUUAUGGAUUAGUGUCAGACAUCUUGGAAGAACCAGAUUCAAUGGACCCAUACUCCUCAUAUGUCUCAGAGAAUAGGCUACCCUCUAGUCUGAAAGGUGUCUGGUCUCCAAAGUUGACAAGAGAAGACAGGAUGCAGUACUUCAACAAUGAGGUACAGAUGCCGCCCAUUUCCGGAUUCCCAACAAAACAGAUUUGUCCUAAACCAGUCAGCAAUAUUUCUCCUCAGCCUGCUGGUAGAGAAUCUCAUCAAUGGGCCGAACUUCAGAAUUGUAAUGGUUUUGAUUCUUUUGCACUUCCCUGCAAUUUCUCCACCUGUAAUGGAGAGGCCAACACAUAUUCUCCUCAAGAUCUCCCUCGCCCCCCAGGCCUGAGCACACCCCCAGCGUUAAGCUCUAGCCUCUUCCAGACCAGGCCUGGUAAACCUGAGUAUAUUACACCCGAGAAGGAGGAAGGAUACCGCAGCACCACUAACUGCCUGUCUGAUUAUAUAAACUCAGUCAACAACUCCUGCUGCCCUCCUCAAACAAUGGAUGACUCCUAUUUCAGUUCAUCUCAUGAAUUUUCAUCUGUGAGCAAAGAUAAACUGAAAGACACCCAAUCGUUCUCUGUGCAGGAUGUCAGUAAACUGGCCUUUCUCUUGGCAGAGCAGGAUAUGAACUAUUGCAGAGAAUCUACCCAGAAUGGUCUUUUAGGACAGAGGAAUCUUGAGGAAAUCAUGGCAGAGCAGAAGAGUCAUGCUUUUCAAAGGAUGUCGGAGCUUAUUACUCAAACAACAGAUUUUAAGAGAGAGGUGACACACAACCAUAUGGAGCAAAGAGGAGCUAAAGUAGUGGAUAAAAAACAAAGUCAUUAUACUACGAAUGAAUUUUCAAGGUUUGGGCCACCAAAGACUUUUUCUCCUACCAUCAUGCCUCCAGCCCUCCACCCAAACAGAGAAGCCAGCCUGAUAGGAAGCAGCACCGCCCAAAACAGUGUAAAGCAGUACCAGCUUAUCCAUUCAAACCAUUACCAAAAACAAGCUAAGAUUUCAGCAAAGACCAACAGCAACAAUGAAUCACAGGGUUUUGCAAAGCUCACAAACACAUCAGGGGCUGUUCCAUUGCUUCCUUCUCAGCAGUUGUUCCGGCCUGCAGUGAGAGUCUCGGCUGAUUUGAGUCAGGGCAACACAGUAAAUCUACAUGGUGCGAUAGGCCAGGUCAGUCUUGAGGAUUUAAGGAAGGGAGCGGGAAAUGUGGAUAUUUCAGAUUUUGACCUCCAGCUAGAGAACAACAGGUUGUCCGCGGGCCUCAUGGUCGAUGGGUGUUUUUCUCCACGCUUUAGCAUGAAACCCAAACUUCCUGGUUUCCUUAAAGAGGCAGACAAGAAAACAGGACUCCUGCAGAAUCCAUAUCAGGGACUGGGCAGUUUGUACGGAGGACAAAUGAGACACAACGGAGCGAGUUCAAACUCAGCCAAAGCUAUACCAUCACAACUUUUCCCAUUCCUAUACCAGAUGGGUGAUCCCAGAAAAAGCACAUGCCACCUGAUUCAGUCGCAGUCACAGUUGCCCUACUGCUCUGUGCCUGUCAUCGACAUGAAUGAACGUCUGCCAGAGGGAGAUGUUUCGCCCUUCAGCCCUUAUCUACAAGAAUGCAUUGGGCUAAGCCAAACAUCAGGAGACGGGUCAUUCUCCGGGUUUCUGUCGGCCAUGACUUUACCUAAGUUUGGCAAGGCACUCGGAAACCCCAACAGUCAGCUACACUUUUACUUGGAGGAAUGUUACGAGCAGUGGAAGAUGCUGGAAAAAGAGAGAAAGCAAGCAGAAGCUGUUCUUACAAAGACUUACCCAGGAAAACGCGUGUCUGUAGUAACCAGUAGUGUUUUACCCAAAAUGCCUCCAAACCCCUCCAGACUGGACCGCCUCAUUGUAGACCAGCUGCGCGAACAGGCCAGGGUGGCAGGUUUGCUAGGCAAGAUGGAGCAGUUGCGCAGUUUUCCGCUUCAUGCUAAUGUUGGCUCAGCAUUGGACAGGCAUCUUGAGGUCAUCUACAUCACUCAGGCACGCCGCAAGGACGAAUUCAUCAAUGCCAGCAGCAGACAGAGGCAGCCAGCGGCCUUCUUUAGAGAGGACAGGGAGAUCCUUCUGUUGGCAUCUGCAGUGAAGGACCUGUGCAGCAGCACCAGAAAGGCCCGGACCGCUCUUUGGUGUGCAUUACAAAUGACUUUGCCCAAAACAAACAGUUACCCAGAGGAGAGAGACGAGCUGGGUACCUGCUCCCCUUUAGGCCAAGACAGUUCUGAGCAAAGCAGCUUGGAGAGAGCACUGACUGCCCUGUGAUCAAUUUCUGGCAGGUACACAGUUUUUUGUGUGUUUUUUGACACAAAGUAACAUCGAUCUAACCCGUCCAAAAAAGUGCAAGAGGUGAUGGGAUUGCAUUUUAAGAAGAAUGAAUGAGUUAUUUAAGUUAUUCCACUAAAGUGAU